AUGGGAAACAUUUUGUGCUGUGAUUCAAGAGACUAGAUUCUAAUAAAUCCCGCUUAAGAAGAGAGACAUGGGCAAAAUAUGAGAGUCAGAUUAAAGGUUGACAUCCACUCAGACAGUUAAAAUUUAAACUAAGAUGGGGAGGUAGUAGCUGAAUUCAAGAAGGAAAAUGAGAGUAGAGAAAGCUUUAAAAACGAAAGAAACUCUUAAAAGUUAGAUAUUGACCUUGCAAAGUCUUUGAUAGAUGAUGAAUUAAAGCAUUUCCUAAUUGAUCUAGAUGAUGAUCAUGAAUUCACAGAGCUUUCAGAGCUUAGGAACGAAUUUGAAUCUGACGUCGUCUUUACGAAGAAGGGCUUGGUUGAGUACAUCAAUACUAUGCUUUAAAAAGAGUAAGCUGAAGAUCAAAAGAAGGCUUGGGAGAAGAAGCUUGAUAAGGAAAAUGUGCUAGUUUAUCUUAAGAAGGGUGGAAGUCAUUUAGAUAAAAACUUACCGUAUAUAUUUACUCCAGAACAUAGAAUGAAAUGGGAUAAGGAGGUUCUAAAGUUUGAUUUGACUAACCCCAACGAGAGUGUUCCCCAGAUAGUUUUGAACUAUCAACUUAAUAAAUCACCUAUUGGAGCUAAUAAAGAUUUCUAUGAUAAGCAGAUAAAGUUCCUCCACAAUAAUGAGAUUUAUAUCUAUUAUUCCGCAAUACCAAAGGAUACUGAGUUAAAGCCAAGUCCUGCUAAAGUAGACAGAGCAAGAACAAUUGUUGGUUUAGGAAAACUCUACAGAAGGGCUGAGGACGAUAAAAUUGUAUAUAGCAUGCUGAUGCAAACAGACUUGAAGAUUAAGAUCACACCAGCUCUCAUUUCAAUGUUUUUACCAAAAGGAUUUCUGGAAUGGUCUAAAAAGGUUAACAAAUACAUCAAUGACAAUUAUGACACAAUUUGA